AUGGCAAGCUUUCCAAUGACGAGUAUUCCAGAGCAAAUAUGGACAGGGAAAAAAGCAAUUCUUACCAAACGCAUGGUUACACAAGCGAACCGACCAACCAGAGUGCGCAAUAUAUGGUACUACUAACUUCCAAGGGCUUCCAUUCCAGACCCGAUUACUACCAUCUUCCGCCCGUCGGCCAGACAGGGUAAACAUGAGGCUACCCGCUAUCACUUGAGAGGACCGGAAUCCAAAGCCGACCCACCAGGACUUUACCCAGUCCUCGCAACAAUUAACUGGGAAAGAAGACUGGGAAAAAGUGUCUAG